CAAAGAUGAAGUGCACGUUCCCCGUCGGGAUGCUGGUCGCGACGUCUGUGGUGGCCACCACCAACGACCGCUGCCAUUUAUUCAACAACAAAGACGCAUGCUUGGGCUCGUCGGAAGGGAAACCAUGCUAUUGGUGUGCCUCUGCUGCCGUGCCCAGCUCAUGCUUUGACGAAGAUGAAGCCGCCCAGUUGCCUCCGGCUGUGUUCCAGUGCAUGAAGGAGGAUGCCACUCCUGCGAAUAGUGGCUGCCACUUUUACAAUUCGGAAGCGUCUUGCCAGCAGAACACCGAAGGCGACAAGCCCUGCUACUGGUGCAAGUCCGCGGCGGUGCCAUCCCAGUGCUACAACGAAACCGAGGCCGAGCAAUUGCCCCCCGCCGUGUUCCAGUGCGACAUGAAGAAGAAAUCCCUCGUCUUUGAAGCUGACGUCGUCGAUUUGGCCGCGCUGGCGACAUCCGGUGGAAUGGACGCUACUGUGUGGCCGUCGACGUGGUUGGGCCCUGUAAACCACGGAUGCCACUUCUACAAUUCCAAAGACUCGUGUAUUCACAACACGGAAGGCGGGGAGCCAUGCUACUGGUGCAAGUCGGCGGCUGUGCCGUCUAUGUGCUACAACGAGACCGAAGCCAAGCUGUUGCCCCCUGCCAUCUUUCAAUGUGACAAGGAAGAUAGCAUCAACUGGGCUCUCACGGAGAUGCCUAGCCAAAACGCGUUGAACGCUCUCUUUCAACAGUGGCAAGCCAAGCACGGCGUCGCGUAUCUCUCUGCAGAGGAACACCAGCAACGCACUGCGACCUUUCACGAGAAUGCGCACGCUGUCGCAGCGCACAACCAGCACCCCCUCAAACGCUACUCGUUGGAAUUAAACCAGUUUGCCGACACGACAUGGGACGAGUUCAAGCAAUUGUACUUGGGCGUGUCGAGUCCACAAAACUGCUCUGCCACGCACACUGCGCGCGUGGGUGGCCACACGAACGUCCCCGACGCCAUCGACUGGCGUCGGUGGGAUGCCGUGUCGCCCGUGAAAGACCAAGGCAAAUGCGGCAGUUGCUGGACGUUUUCGUCGACGGGGUCGUUAGAAAGCCACAACUUGCUCACCCACGGCAAGAAAGUGCUGCUGUCCGAGCAAAACCUCGUCGACUGUGCCCAAGCCUUCGACAACCACGGGUGCAGCGGCGGCCUGCCAUCGCAUGCGUUCGAGUACAUCAAGUACAACGGCGGACUCGACACUGGCGCGUCGUAUCCGUACCAUGCCAAGGACGAACCGUGCAAGUUUUCUCGUGCGUCUGUCGGCGUCCAUGUUGUGGACGUGGUCAACAUAACUUCAACGGAUGAGCUCGAGCUGCGCAAGGCGGUGGGAACAGCAGGUCCUGUGAGUAUUGCGUUUCAAGUGGCACCGGACUUUCGGUUUUACAAGAACGGCGUGUACGAUUCCACAGUGUGCCAUUCUGGCGAACAAGAUGUGAACCACGCGGUGUUGGCGGUGGGAUACAACACAACCGAGGACGGACACAAGUACUGGAUCGUCAAGAACAGUUGGUCGGCCAAGUGGGGAUUGCAAGGGUACUUUAACAUUGCUCGGGACAAGAACAUGUGCGGGUUGGCCGACUGCGCGUCGUAUCCGCUCGUGUAGUUGAGAUAUACAGUAGCUGCGUGCUACAUUUACACUGCACUUCCAGUUGGCUUAAAAGAACACGCGAUUCGGUUUCUUUUAUA